CGCAAAAAUUUUUUAAAUGAACUUGGUGCAAGCCUCUGUGAACGGGAGGUGCAAGUAUGGAGGUUCAGCCAGAAAUGUGCACGACAUGGAUUUGCUUAAUUUCACCCUUACGGACUCAAACGGCUUUUUGAAAGACUCAUCGCGGAAACCUGGAGGCAGCUGUCGCUGAACGGUCGCACGAGACAGUCGCACUUGUGGCAAUGGCAGGAGUCGGCAAACCACGGGUGCCUUCGCCGGGAACGACAGACCACGUGCGCUCUACUGACAUGACGCUGGUGCCACGUCUCGUCUGCAUUGUGUUGGUUUGUUUUGCGAAUGUCUCCGUCACAACUGCACGUCCUAUUCGGAACGGCACAGCUACACCCGUCGCCUCUAAUGUGACGACACCGCCGACCACUACGUCAUAUGCAGGAGAGCCCCCGGCAUGGCGCCAAAAUGAAUGGUCGGCCGACAGUGGACACAGUCGUCCCCCUCUGACACUUCUGAGCUUGCAGCCCGGCUGCCGCAAACGGGUCUUUUGCGAGUCGGCGCGUACCCUCACCUACGCGUUCCCCAUAUCCAGGUCCUGGCAAGGAGAAGUCAGGCAGAGGCCAGUGCCAGCAAACGCCUACUUUGACGCGUGGUCCAAAGGAAUGCUGGGCCAUGACUGCUCGCACCUGUACGAGGACUGCUCGGACAGUCCAGCCGGCUUGGUGAUGCCUCUCCUCAGAAUGGCCAUCGGACCCAACGGAUUUCUAGGAUCGUUGGUCGAGCGCGUUGCCGCUGCUUCAAUGCGCCAAGCGCUCAUGGAUCACGAGGCGCCGCCCCGAACAUCGCUAGUCAUGGAAAAGCUUCGCCGGGGCGAACGACGUUUGGCCGCCGCUGAACCUCAGAUGCCGUCCAGCGAGUUCACACCCCGUUGAAGAACUGAAGACCCCGUGACGACCAAACCCUGUGCGAAUCGCCAGCGCGCAUAACGAGGUGCCUUGCCUUGUUGCAUAUUAUGAACACACACUGCAGCAGGACACCACCGGCACGAAGCUGACGGCUGGGUGAAAUGGACUUUCUUCGGCCCGGUCUCCGUUGAGAUGGCUUGGUUUUGAUUCAGUUCUACUGAGAUUGA